AUGGAUAAAGCUGUAACGCGUGGUCAAGACCCCACAGAGGUGCUGGUGUGUCCAGAGCACCAGGAGCCUUUUGAUGGCUCCUGCUAUGAGUUUGUGGCACAGCAGCGCACCUUCCAGAAUGCCCAGCACUGGUGCGAACGAGGCGGAGGGCAUCUGGCGUUUAUUCUGAACGAGGAGACCCAGCAGUUCCUCCAGCGGCACCUCCAGCCCCAGCAGGACUGGUGGAUAGGGCUGGCCCCGGCGUCCAGCAGCCUCACCCUGGACUCAGCUGCGGCAGAGGGAACGUUCUCCUGGCUUGAUGGCUCUGAUGUGAGCUACUCUAACUGGACGAAUGAGCCCUUAACAGGAGCCAGGUGUGGUUACAUCCUCCAGGACUCAGGCUUUCAAUGGGAGGCCACAGACAACUGCACCCAACUGCACUUCGCCUGUGAAUUUGAGACUGGGAAAUCUAUGGCUUGCUCAAACUACAAUGCCACACUUGAGUGCGGCUCUGGGCAGGUGAUAGAGGUGGACAACAGCUUCUUUGGUAGAAAGACCAUACACUACUGCCAGGGGUUCACCUCUUCCUCCAUCAUGUCCUCACAAGAGGAGUGCAGCUGGGUGGAUGUAGUACAUUUAGUAGCAGGUAUGGUGUUCAACACAACUCUCUUUAUGCUUCAUAAAUACUGUGGACUGCAAGCCUGCCAGGCUUGGGCAGAUUCGUCAUCCUUUGGAGAACCAUGCCCCGGUCUUGGAAGCUACUUGUCUGUGGAAUAUCUUUGUAAAGAUGGUCUUCACCUGCUCAUGGGCAAGUUGGCUGCUGUCUUUGACAAUGUCACAAUCCAGGUGAAGCUUUUGCACCCUUUCCAGGGUAAUCUGACAUGCACACUCAGCGCAGGUGAUGGCCACACCAUUAACCCCUACAGCCUUGACGAGUGAGCCAGUGUGGUGCAUCAGGACAGCCAUCCAGGUGUCUUCACUGUCGGGGUGGAGUGCACCACCAGUGAGUGGCAUAUCACUGCACAGAAGUCCAUCACCAUCCAGGAGCCACUUGGGGAAUAUGGAGUGGUCAAGUGCUACAGCAUGGGCCAGCCAAUGAACAGCACAAACUGCAAAUCCUUUGCUAACAACCCUCUUACAAUCCAGGUCGAACUGGGUGCUGGAAGCAAUGUCACCUACAAAGUUCAGGGCGACGGCACAUUGUUGGCCUCAUCGUCCGCUGCUGUGGGCAUAGUCCCUCACAACAUCACCCUGGGUCCAGAGGAGGUGCAGAACCUGGGUCCAGGCUGUCAUCAGCUGACUCUGCUGGCCUCGAACAACGUCACAGCUGCUGACCCCUCCACUGAGCUGGAGGUAUGUGUGCUGGAGCCGGUGCAGGGGCUGCAGGCGUCCGUGUCCACACAGGCCCGGCCGUGCCCCGAGGCGUACCUCCACAUCACCGUCUCUCUGGACUACGGGGCCCCCGCGCAGCUGCUCUUCCAGAUAUCCGACAGUGACAAUAACACCGUCCAGGAGACGAGAGAAAUGGACAGUGGCAGUGUUCAGUGUGACAACAACCUCGAGUGUGACAACAGCCUCGAGUGUGACAGCAGCCUCGAGUGUGACAGCAGCCUCGAGUGUGACAACACCCUUGAGUGUGACAGCAGCCUCGAGUGUGACCGCAGCAUCUAUCACAUCAUCUUUGCUACAUCGUCAGCCUCUCCUGGGACAACUGCAAGUCCACCCAGUGUCCUCUCAUGCUGGACAAACCCCACAGCUGGAGAUGUUCUUUCUCCAUUUACCUCCACAUGCAGUAUAACCCAGUCCUUCUGUAGUGUUGCACCAUGCACCUACUGCCUCAAGACGGCCAAUGGUAAGAACAUUUAUUGUGGUAAUAACCCCAGCGAGAGGUCACUGUUUCUGCCGCUAGGAGACAAAAGUAAAGACUACAUCCUAAAUGUGGUUGCAACUUUGCAGAACUCAGCUGGACAAACCUUAAACACCACAAUUCUCAUCAAGGUGAGGGACUCUGUUUCGGAGCCCUCUGUGCAGGAUCUCCAGAACUUGGUGUCAAAUCAGGUGGCAGAAUUACAGAGCCAAGGCCAGCUUACAGCCUUAGCUCAGAUGUACCAAACUGUGUCCAGUGCCUUGAAUGGAGGUUCCAAUGAGGAGGACAAGAGUGCAAGAGAAGAGCUCAGAGAGCAGAUGAUCACCAAUAUGUAUGUAGCAAUAGAGAGCAUGCCCAUGGGUAGCCUAGAGGAGGUGCAGGCAGUUGCCAGUGCUGUGGCCGAACUUACUAAGCAGGAUGAUGAGCUUACCACAGACACACAGUUACAGGCAAGUAGUGUUUUGUCAAAGCUCAGCGAGUCCCUCAACUCAGUUCCACUCCCUGAAAGCAAUGUAAAGGAGAAGAUGUUGGAUGCAUCUAAGCCUCUCGUUGAAGCUGCUAGUAACGUCAUUGUGGUCUCAGCAGCGACAGAUAAACAGACUGAGAUCGCCGAAAACUUACUCAGUGCUGUAGACAAGGUCCAGAGUACCCUUCUGUUAGUGAAAAAACCCACAGUCAUAAUCACUCCUCAGAUUAGUUUAUAUGUCAACAGGAUGUCUCCAAAGAACCUUGCGAAACAGCCAAUCACAAUUCAGAACUGCAGCUCUGCCAGCUUCACUUUGCCACCUUUAUAUGCCUCUGUUGUGUCAUCAAAGACGUCCGUGGAUGUCCGGAUGAUGACCUUUGAGACAAAUCCAUUUGCCUGGAACACAGUGCAGUCCAUCAAUGGUACAGUGGGGGCUCUGUCUCUCAACCAACAUAAUGGCUCCCCCAUCCCCAUUGCUAACUUGACAAACGAGAUUGAGAUUCUUUUGCCAAGGCAAUUGGCUGCUGUAGUGAACAGCACCUUUCUGGACCUUGCAAACUUCAGCACCAUCGUGAUCAAUGUGACGUCGCCUAACGUGUCCCUGGUGCUCAAGCUGGACCCCUCAGAAGACGUCUCCUUACAUUUGCUAAUAGGGUUCCAGGAGCACCCCAACGACACACACUACGAGGCACAAACCUACCUGCCGCAUGAGGGAGACACACAAGAGGAGAGAUACACAUGGGUGUUGAGCCCCAGGGAUAGGACCAUAGAUGAAGGCGUAUACUACCUUCUAGUGAGGCCUGUGGUUGAGGCAGGAGUCAACUCUACAAAUGCCACAGUCUCCAUCACGACUAUUGCUGCUCAAUGUGUGCACUGGGAUGAACUGAAGCUGAACUGGAGUGACUACGGAUGCAGGGUUGGCCCACUGACUACACCCCUGGUCACGCAGUGCUUGUGCAACCACCUGACGUUCUUUGGAAGCUCCGUCUUCGUCAUGCCCAAUGUUGUGGAUGUGAGCCAGACAGCUCAGCUUUUCGCCACUUUUCUUAACAAUCCGGUGGUGGUGUGCUUUAUUGGCGCCAUUUUCCUGGCCUACCUCGUGGUAGUGAAAUGGGCACGCCGGAAAGACAUUCAGGACACAGCCAAGGUUAAGAUUACUGUGCUGGAAGACAACGACCCCCUGGCAGAGUACAGAUACCUGCUCAACAUCAGCACCGGGCACCGGCGUGGAGCUUCUACUUCCUCACAGGUGACAGUGACUCUGCUGGGCACUGAGGGUGAGAGUGAACCGCACCAUCUGACUGACCCAGACAAGCCAGUGUUUGAGCGAGGUGGGGUGGACAUGUUUUUACUGACCACGCCGUUCUCGUUGGGCGAACUAAAGAGUAUCAGGCUCUGGCAUGACAACUCAGGAAAUCACCCUGGCUGGUACAUUAACAAAGUGAUGGUGCAGGACGUUGAGACGGGGCAGAAAUGGCACGUCCUCUGCAGCUCGUGGCUCGCCAUAGACAUGGGGGAGUGUGUCCUGCACAGAGUGUUCCCUGUAGCCACAGAGAUGGACUUAAAGAGGUUUAGCAAUCUGUUCUACAUGAAGUCACUGAGUCCGUGACGCAACUUCACGUGCGUCCAGCGUGUCUCCUGUUGUUUCUCCCUGCUGCUGUGCACCAUGCUGACCAACAUCAUGUUCUAUGGUGUGCCCACAGAUCCUGCCGAGCAGACAGGUCACAUUGAGUUCACCUGGCAACAAGUGAUGAUUGGCGUCCAGAGCUCCAUCAUCAUGUUUCCCAGCAACCCCCUCAUCGUCAACAUCUUCAGAAACACACGCCCGCGGGAGAGGAAGUCCAAGAAGCCUGUGAGGGUCAAGAGUAAGGCAGACACCUGCAAACAGGCCAAGAGUGGUCGUGUGUCACCAACCCAGCCGCUCUCCCCUGAGAGCCAGCACAGGGACAUAACACCAGAAACUGUCACCAAGGACAUAAAAAGAAUAGCACGGUCACUCUCCAAGGUGCUGAAGAAGCCUCUUUCCAGGAUAGAUGUGGCAUCUGGCAAAAACCCUGACAUCAACACGCUUCUUUCACUCGUGGAGGACAUCAUCCAGCAGCAAAACCGUGCAGGGGACAGGUUUUACACAGACAACUCUAAGUUCACGGACGCUUUGAAAGAGAACCCUUCCUCUGAGAGCCCAAAGGAAAUGACCAGUGACGGGCAGAAGGGCAGCCUGUACACCCAGUACCUCUACCGGCAGCUUCAGCACGUGGAGAAAGAGCUGGGCCUGUUGGGGCCCACACGCUUCUCCAACCCCCACAGCUACAGCCAGGCCGUGCAGCAGGUCCGGGGCAUGAAAGGCCUCCUGGAGCCCCACCUGCCCUCCACCUCCAGCACAGACCACCCCACCCGCAGCCCCGAGGGAGGGGGCAGUAGCGGUGGCAAGAGAUGCUGUCAGGGAGGCCUGCCCUGGUGGUUCGUGUCUGUGGGCUGGCUUCUGGUGGCGGUGACAAGUGGGGUGUCGGCGUUCUUCACAAUGCUGUACGGGCUAAAAUACGGGAAAGAGCGCUCCGUCAGCUGGCUCAUCUCCAUGGUGGUGUCCUUCCUUGAAAGCAUUUUUAUCACUCAGCCUCUAAAAGUGCUUGGUUUUGCGGUUUUCUUUGCCUUAGUGCUAAAGAAAGUUGACCAGGAGGAAUAUGGCGAUGUGCCUAUUGAGGAAUCAGUGUCAAAUACCGGUGAUCCUGAUGCCGUACGUAUUGCACGGAGAGACAGCACAUGCAGUUUCUACCAGCCACCACCAGCCUCAGACAUUGAGAGGAUGAGAAUGAAUAUGAUCAAGGAGCAGAAAGUGUUUGCCCUCAUCACAGAGAUUUUUGGACAAUAUCCAGAGUGAAAGAUAACCCUAUCCAACCAUAUUAAAUAAAUGUUUAAAACACAAAAUAAUCUGAAAAAUAUCUUACUAUAUUAUAAAUACAUCUCUAUAAGGAUCACAGUCUGAUAUACUCAUUUGUCUGUAUUUACUUCAGGCUUCAUAACAGACAGGAAUUCCAAACUUAUUGGCAAUGCCCGCCUUCGCCAGGUAAGGGUGCAGAAAGACUCCUGUCGCAUUGCCCGCUCCAUGCAACGGUCAGUCAAGGACUGCCAUGCUCCGUACUCUUGGGAGAUAGAGGACAGGGGCUCCUAUGAACCAGGCUGGAAUCGCUCCAGGGAUGCAAACACCUCCCAGACUGCUGCUCCCAGCCCCUGGCAAUACCUGAGCCAGUCCCGACUCAGAGCUCAUCCCAUAUGGGGCAACGUGGCCCUGUACAGAGGAGGCGGCUUUGUGGUGGAGCUGGGCCCUGACCUGACCAAUGCUACAAGUGCGCUUCAGUACUUGUUUGACAACAGAUGGCUGGAUGUUUACACUCGUGCUAUCUUUGCGGAGUUCACUGUGUACAAUGCCAACAUCAACCUUUUCUGCAUUGUUACACUAAUGCUAGAAACAACAGCUGUGGGUGCAUUCCAGUACCGUAGUGAGAUACAGACUGUCCGUCUCUAUCAGUCUGCGGGUGGCUUACACAUUUUCGUCAUGGCCUCUGAGGUCAUCUACUUUCUUUUCAUUCUCUACUACAUGUAUAUCCAGGGCAAGCUAAUGAGGCAGCAGAAGUGGGCUUACUUUAAGACUAAGUGGAACCUUCUUGAGCUGGCCAUCAUCAUCCUCAGCUGGAGUGCACUGAGUGUGUUUAUCAAAAGAACAUUGCUGGAAAACAGGGACCUGGAAUUCUAUCUAAACAACAAAGACCAGUACAUCAGUUUCCAUGAGACUGCUACAGCAGACGCGACGCUGGGCUACCUGAUCGCCUUCCUGGUUCUCUUGUCCACCAUUAAGCUGUGGCACCUCCUGCGGCUCAACCCCAAACUGCACCUCAUCACCUCCACCCUGCAGAGGGCCUGGACAGACAUCUCAGGCUUCCUGCUGGUCAUGACCAUCAUGUUUCUGGCCUACUCUAUUAAUUGCAACCUAAUGUAUGGCUGGAAGCUGUCUUCAUACAGGACAUUCAUUAAUGCAGCACAGACUAUGGUCAGCCUACAGCUUGGUAUCUUCAAUUAUGAAGAGGUGUUGGAUUAUAACCCAGUUCUUGGUGCAUUCCUAAUUGGCUCUUAUAUCAUCUUCAUGACCUUUGUGGUAUUGAACCUCUUUAUUUCUGUGAUCCUGUUGGCAUUUAGUGAAGAGCAACUUCACCAUAAGCCAUCUGAAGAGGAGGAGAUAGUGGACCUGAUGCUGAUGAAAAUGUGCAGUCUGUUUGGGUUAAAAAUUAAGAAGAAAGGAGAAGCAAGUGGCUCCUCCUCUGCCACUAACAAUCCAGCACCAUCUGUCAUAUCGUAA